AUGAGUUAAGUUAAUAAAAAUUUUAGUGAAUGUAAAAGAUUUGCCAUUAAUCGCACUCCCAUUUAGUCAAGCGUAAAGAGAGAUCUAUCCGAAAACAUAAGAGCGAAAUAAUAAGUAAGUUAAUAGCAGAACUCAAAUGAAAAAUUAACCUCAAGGGAAAGAAUCAGAUCAAUAGAUUAAUAAAAACUUGAUGGACAUUUUGCUGCUUAUUUAAAUGAUUUGCCUACUUAAAGAAAUUAAUCUCCUAAAUAAUAGAACAGUAAUUUGCUAUAUCGCUAGCUAUAAAAGACUCCCUUAUAGCAAAAGUAUCAUCAAUAGAAUUCUAAUUAAACAAGCUCCUCAAAAACUGUUAGAAAAGAUGGUUAGGGAAGCGAUUAAAAGAAGCGCUAUUCUUUAGAUUUAUGUUAAACAGACAGAGAGAGUUUGCAUAAGCGCAUAUAAGAGUUAUCUGAAAAGCAAAUUAAAAUAGAUAAGAUAGAAACAUCGAACGAAACUGCUCAAAAGUAAACAAAUUCGAGUAAAAUAGAAGACGUUUCUUUAUCUUAUUCUAACACUAGCUUGUAGAAUCUGGCUUAAAAAUAAAACUAAGACAUUGUUAAAAAAGAAAAUCCUGCCUUAUCAGGCAUCAAGUAAGAACCUAGUAAAUUUAGUCAAAAGAGGAAUGGUAUUAUCAGUGCCUAUGCUGCAAACACAAACCAAGGUCUAGUGAGAAAAUAUAAUGAAGAUAGGGUUUCAAUUAUUCUUAAUAUUGUCAGACCAAAUUAUAAAAAAACAGAAAACUGGCCAAGAUGUGCAUUCUUUGGUAUUUAUGAUGGGCAUGGAGGAGCAUUCUGCGCUGAUUUUUUGAGAGAUCACCUUCACCAAUACGUAAUAAGUGAUGAGAACUUCCCAGAAAAUCCAAGGUAGGCAUUAAUCAAUGGCUUUGCUAAGGCAGAGAAGGAAUUUAUAGAAAGAGCUGAGUAGUUCAAUCCUUAUGACAAGUCAGGAUCUUGCGCUAUUGUUGUCCUACUUGUUGGAGAGAUAUGUUAUAUAGCAAAUGUUGGUGACUCGAGAGCUAUACUAUCUAUGAAUAAGGGAGAAAGAACCCUCGAUUUGAGUAGAGAUCACAAACCUUGUGACUUACAAGAAAAAGAAAGAAUCAUUGAAGCUGGAGGGAGAAUUUAUUAGUCUCAAUAAACAACUAAACCAGAUAGCGAAGGUAUUACUAAAACUAUAUAUGGUCCUUUGAGAACUCUACCUGGAAGAUUAUCUGUUUCAAGAACUUUCGGAGACAUUGAAGCUAAGUUAUAGAAAUAUGGUGGAAAGCAAGGAGUCAUAAUAUCUGAUCCAGAAAUCAAAGUUUUCAGAGUAUAAAAGAGUCAUGAUUACAUCUUCAUGGGAUGUGAUGGUAUUUUUGAUAAAAUGUCAAGCAGCGAAGCUAUUAAAGCUAGUUGGGAUGCAAUAAGAAUUGAAUAAAGUAACAAUAACAAUAGCUCAUCUAAUCCAUUAAAUACUCAUUCACUAUGCGCUAAAGGUGUAGAAGGAGUGAUUUAAGAAGCAUUAAAGAGGAGAUCAACUGAUAAUUUAACUGGCUUAGUUAUCUCCUUCAUAGACUUCCAAGCUCACGCCUCUCCACAAAAUACUUCCAACGUAUCUGAAAAAAUCAAUUAGUAACAAUCCGAAAAAAACUUAAACACUUCAAAAAUUGAAUAAAAUAAUGCAAAUUUACUUUCAGAAAAACCAAAUACUUCUGAAUAAACUUAGUAGCUAUAGAGGAUGCAAAAAUUUGCUUCUAAUAAUUCCAGCUAAAUUUAAACUUCCAGUAAAAUAAAUAAUAAAUCUUUAACAGAUCAUCAAAAUUACAGGAGAUGUUCGCCCGCAAAGCAAAUAUAAACAUCUGACAGAGCCCUAACUAGCGAAGGUAGUUAAAACACCAGUUAAGGCAGUAAUAACUAUCCAAAACUGAGAGAGAAGUAUGAAAGUAUAACUCCUUCUUCUACUAACAAUACUUAACAAUAGUAAAGAAGGCUUUCUCUAUAAUUUUAAUUUAAUAACUAAGCAGAAACCACUUUAUUAAAGUAGUAAAUAAAGGCAUUCAAUACAAAAACAAUCUACGACGCUAGUCCUAACAACAUUUUGCAUUCAUUCCAUUCUCCUAUCAUCGCUAAAAAGGAUUAUCCGUAAAUUUCUUAAUUCUCUUCUGCUGAAGACGAAAACUCGAAAUUGUCACUAGUUGACACAGAUAGAAUCGACUAAUCUAAGACCGUAUUAAGCGAUAGAUAAAGAAUAGCUGUCAAUCGCAGAGUUAAUUGUAUUGAAAAGAAAGUGAAUGAAUUGAGCAGUGAAAAGUAUUUAAAAGCUCUUUUCAAAGAAAAUAAUUCACACUCAAAUUCAAAUUCAAGAAAUGAAUCUUCAAUAUUUAACUAUAACAAUUCAAAUAGCUCUUACUACAAUCAUUCAAAUGUAAGUGCGCCUUCUUAUCAGCAAACAGCAUAACCAAAAAUAUAAUCUUAAAUUUUUAAUCAAUUCUAAGGAAUAUAUUCUAAGUCGAAAAUACUUAACCAUCUGGAUAUUCCUUCUAUAGUUCAUAAAGUCUUUUGA